GUGUGAAUUAUGGCAAAACCGAUAGAAAACGUGGAUAUCAACAAACACAACACUUGUCAUACCAUAUUAUCAUGCAGUUGUAUACGUGUUCAAAUUCCAACUCUCCAUGAAUCUCCCCUUCACCCAAACACACAACACGUUUCAAAAAUCCAACUCUCAAAGAACUAAAAAGUUUGAACUCUCACGAUCCUUCUACCGACACCACCAACUCUGUGGAACCUGAAGAAUUUAGAGAGAUGGGAAGCAAUGAAGAGUGGAGGAAAAAUGCAGAUACCCACAAAAUGACGCCUGAGGAUGUGAGAGCAGCGGGAGUGGAAGCCUCCAAAAGGCCGCCGGGGCACCACCCAGGCACAAUUCUGCACCAGCGGCGGAGCCUCCCCUACAGCUACACCACCAUGACCAUCGCCGGCCUCCUCGUCAUCGGAGCCACCGGAUACUUCACCUUAUAUGCCCUCAAAAAGCCCGACGCCUCCGCCAAAGACGUCGCCAAGGUCGCCGCCAACGUCGCAGAGCCUGAAGACACCAAGCCCAGGAAGUAGGCUCUGUUGCUGGGUGGCUGUGUUUCUUCUUUAAUGAAGCCUUUUCUUGUAUUUCUUCCUCACAUCAUCCAUCUGUUCCUCUUUAUUAACAAACUUAAUGCAAAAUAUGCAAGCAAAGGCAAUAGAGACAUCAAGAUGCUUUUCCAUAGCAAAAAAA